CUGGAACUACGUGAAGUACGUUUGACGGAACUGGAGUGAGUGGUGAAGAAGGUGGAUUUAUGUUUCCAUGUAUUUGUACUUCUACAUGCACUUCCUAAAGACUCUGCCUGUGGUUUUUGACAAUAAAUGUUGGAAUCAGUGCACAUGAACAGGGCUGGCUGGUUGAAAAGCAGCAGGUACUGUGUGUAACAACUUCCUGGUUGGCUGAACUGUUUACUCUACAUGAACCGGUAUACCGUCCACACAUAGAGCUCUAUGGUCUACAGUAGUAUGCACAAGUUAGUAGUUGUUUCGUCUCCCUCUCAUGCACAUGAACUCUAAACAGAUUGACAGCAGAAAAAUCAAGAGUGUUUGCCACGAGUGAAGGAGAGCUACCGUGUGACCGGUGUACUUGUUGCACACUGUGUAGAUGCUGAGAAAGGGAGCACAGGCAAUCCACUGAAGCCACCGCAUGAAUAAUGGAGCAUGGUUUAUCACGCAAAACAAACCUACAUUGUUUAACUGUAGACUUGCACACUGAUCACUGACAGUAGUAGUAAAAACCCUGCACACAUCUACUGUCCAUGCAAGCACCCGAACAUGUGUAGUAUCUUUCAGAUUCCAGUCCCCGAAAGAUAUUCCAGCUAAAACAGUCCCGACAGAAACUGUGAUUAUAACUAAGAGCCAUUUGAAGUACUAAAACACUGGACGGACUCACUCUCUGAAACCAUGGCGGACGACAUUGAAGGGAUUAUUCGUAUCGGAUUUAUGCUGAAACGUUCACAGAACAAACGGAAAUUGGCCCCGGUGAACUACAAGUCCAGGGUCUUCAUCCUCACACAGAAUGAACUGAUUUACUUUGAAGGAACAUUAGAGAAAAGAGGUAAAGAAAAGAGCAGGAUUAAUCUGUCUGAAGUGAAAAUUGUAGAAGAGGUUGAUUUCAACGCUUUGGAGAAACAGUUUGGUAUUCAGAUCUCAUACGAAGAUUACACGCUGUACUUCUUUGCCUCCUCAAAAAAAGAGCAGAAGGAGUGGUUAAGUGAUCUACAAAUAGCAUGUAAAAAUAAUGUCUCUCUAUUGAACAAAUUCCACAUCGGUGCCUACAACUCUAAGGCAUGGACGUGCUGUGAUCAGAAACAUGUUGGGGCACCAGGCUGCAAGGACACAUACAAACACAAGAUCACACAUUCUGCUCCAGUACCGCCGUCUCCAAGAAUGCCAACCAACGGAACAGGUAGUCUUCCUCCGCACAGGCAAACUACUCCAUCUAAUAACGGUCCUCUGGUGCCAAACAGAAUAAGGGGUUACCACACCGCCCCGGGUUCAGGCAAGAUGAGCCUCCAACAGGACCAUCAUCAUAACUCCUCUGGCGAGCGGAAGGUGAUCCCACUGCCAAAACUUCCCAAACUACCCGAGGUAGUCAAGAAACCCAACUUGAUUGUGAUUGCUAAGUUUGAUUAUGACCCUAUGGAGGAAAUGGAUAUUCGGCUGAUCAGAGGAGAUGAGUACAAUGUGAUUGAUAACUCAAGAGAAUACUGGUGGAAAGCGAGCAAUAAAAAAGGUGAGGAGGGCUACAUCCCGAGUAACUAUGUUGAAGAGAAGAGCAAGUUUUCAUCAGGCCUGGAAAAAUAUGAAUGGUUCACUGGUUCUUGGAACAGACAGAGAACGGAAGAAGAAUUAAGAGCUGAGGGCAAGGACGGCUGCUUCAUGGUCAGAAACUCCAGCACUAAAGGGUUGUACACUCUCUCUAUUCUCACCAAAGGAUCAGGUCCCGUUCAUGAAGACAACAUCAGCCACUACCAUAUAAAGCAGAAUGCUGACAACCAGAACUAUGUCUCAGAGAAGCACUGUUUCCAUUCCAUACCAGACCUCAUCAACUAUCACCAACACAACGCUGGAGGUUUGAUAACGAGACUGAGGAAUCCACCAGGUCACAUACCGCCAACGACGGCAGGUCUUGGUUCCAGAACGCUGGUGAUUGACUGGAAAGAGCUACGAAUCCAUCGGGAGCUCGGGAGUGGACAGUUCGGUGUCGUCAAACUUGCCAAGAUUAACAAACGCAACCAGUUUGUGGCCGUCAAAAUCAUGAGGGAGAAUGCCAUGUCGGAGGAUGAUUUCGUCGAUGAGGCCAAAGUCAUGACGCAAUUCCAACAUGAGAACUUGGUCCAACUGUACGGCGUGUGUAAGAAACCCAUAUGUAUUAUAACAGAGUAUAUGUCAAAAGGCUGUUUACUAUUUCAUUUGAGAAGGCACAAAGACUUACUACAAAAGCCGACCAUGCUUCUUCACAUGGCUGUACAGAUAUGCUCGGCUCUUCUCUACUUAGAAACCAAAAAGUUUAUUCAUAGAGAUUUGGCUGCACGCAAUUGCUUGGUUGGGGAACGAAAUGUUGUGAAAGUCGCUGACUUUGGGCUGACAAGAUAUGUUCUUGACGAUGAGUACACAAGUACAGGCACAAAGUUUCCCAUCAAGUGGGCCCCACCGGAAGUCCUACAUUACACUAAGUUUAGCAGCAAGUCUGAUGUGUGGGCCUAUGGCAUUUUAUUAUGGGAAAUCUUCUCUGGGGGACAGACGCCAUAUCCCAAAAUGAACAAUGUGGAGGUAGUGGACCAGGUGACAAGAAAGCAGUACCGCAUGGAACAGCCGCCAUGUUGCCCAAGGGAUAUCUACUGUAUCAUGUACCGCUGCUGGCAAGAGAAACCUGAGCAAAGACCGUCCUUCGGUGACCUGAUGUCAAUGGUAACGCAGCUCCAGGACCAAGAGUCCACAAAUUUCAUUGAAUGAAAGGUCACAACACGAAUGAAAGGUCACAACACCUAGGCUAUAUUGGAUGGUCAAUAUUUGCGUUAAGGUCAUAGUUUAUACAUUAAGAGUCCAUGCUGUGCUGUACAACGAAUGCAGUAAUCCCUGAUGUGGCUAAUUUGUUUUGGGGUUUGUUUUUUCUGCCAAUGAUCAUCCCCAUGAAGUUUAUGACUAACACCAUUAAUUUAAUGUAUGACAAGCUAAUGUAAAUACAUGUACAAUUUGAUGUAACAAAAUCUAAAUUAUAUAUCAU